AUGCUUCGGUUGGCUCAAAAUUCGGGAAGGUUGCUUCCUAGAACACGUGCAUCAUUAAGAUACCCUCCAUUGACGAGAAGUCAGCCUCGCCAGCUCUCCUCAAGCACCAUAGGCUCCUUGAGAUCUGGAGGUCUUAUAGCUAACAUCAUUGGAGGAGCCUAUUUAGGCGGCUUGGUCGUCUGUUUUGGCUCCUUGUACCUAUUGUACCAGGAUGCAGACAAAAGACAACACAUUCCGUUCCUGGUGGGUUUGGAAAAUACAGUGACUGCUGUGAAAGGCAUUGGUAAAGAUGACGUGCUCCAGCUGCCUAGGCACGCUGUGAAGCAUUACCGUCGUUUGCUUGUGAAGUUUGGUGAAAAAAUCGACCCAGACUUCAAGUUUGAGGAGGAAGUCAACGGAGAAAGAAACUACCUUGUGCCGUUGGUUAGCAGUGAAGCAUUGCUUCAAAAAAAGGGAGCUGACUUCACAAACUUCUACAUCGAUAUCGUUUUGAGAUACUCGCGUGCCCUUUUGGCGAAAGAGAAGCAUUUGGAGUCCAUCAGCAUGCUCAAGCAGGUAAUUGACAAUGAUGAGAUCUUCUACAGACUAGGAGAUGCGGAGAGGAUGAGUCAGUGCUGCCGUCUUUUGAGUGACAUUUCGACCUCGCAAGAAGAGAAAGAGCUCUAUCUCAAGCGUGCCGUUGACAUGUUGGCACAGACUUUCCUGAAAGUCCACUUGGACAACUACCUUCUACAAGACGACCUGAGGGUAUCUGACGAGUUGAUCCGCUCGCUCAACAGUCUAGCGUUUGUGUACGCCACGGAGAGUAAGUCCAAGGGCAAGAAGGAAAAGGAGAAGUUGCUCUCGCAGGCGCUCAACAUCUACUUGGCCAACUUGAAAAGCGUAACGACGAUUGCCAAUACCAUUUCUUCCGGUGAAUUGACCCAGGCAUCGUACCCUCUCUUUAACUGUGACGAGGACAAUCUCAAGAUGCUCAGUGCCGAGAUGAAGAGUCACAUUUCGGAAAUCUUAUGGGCAAGAAACUACAAGAAAAGUGCUGUGGCGUGGGGCGAGGAGGUCGUGGAUGAGAUUUACUUUGACCACAGAAAUAUUGCCAGGGCAGCUCCAGUGCUCAACACGGUCUUGGAGAAUUUGAUUGUCAUGUAUGGCAAACUCAAGGACAAGAAAGCUCAGGAGCGCUGUGUUGCUCUCCAAUUGGAGUUACGUGGGUUUGAUCGUGAUCCUCCUUCGUGGUACGACAGCGUUGUGAACCGGUUCAGCAAAAUAAUAUACUACAGGGGACCGCUUGGAGUUUUGGAGAAGGCACUUAAGGAGAGAUUCGGACCGCCAGUGAGGGUUCCGGAGCUCGAGGAGCACGAGGAUGAGGACAAGGAGUAG